UCUUAUAUAUAUAUAUAGAAGGGAAGGAAAGCUUAUUGUCAUGUUAAUAUAUAUAGGAGCAUUUAUAGUUGUGUUAUUUAUAACGGCUUAUGCAACCAUUAUAUUUUUCUCUCAUACUCCUCGAUUACCAUUCCCUCAAGAGAGUAAAUAUAUAACCAAUGAUAAUAGUGAUGAAUUAUAUGAUUUACCACCUAGAAUAACUUCAACAGAUACUAAACAUAAUGAAUAUGAGAUUUUAUUAAGUAUAGUGAUUCCAUGUUAUAAUGAAACAAAACGUUUAGGUAAGAUGUUAGAUGAAAGUGUUGAAUUUUUAACAGCAAACUAUAAAAAUAAAUUCGAAAUUUUAAUAGUAGAUGAUGGAUCUAGUGAUGGAACAGACAAAUAUGCAUUAAAUAAAGCUACUGAAUUAGGCUUAUCGCCUCAUAUAUUAAGAGUUAUUAAAUUACAACAAAAUAGAGGUAAAGGUGGUGCAGUAACUCAUGGACUUUUACAUAGCCGAGGUAAAUUUGGAUUAUUUGCGGAUGCAGAUGGUGCCACUAAAUUUUCUGAUAUUAGUAGACUUAUUGAAUUCAUGAAUGAUUUAAAAACCAAUGAACCUGGUGUUGCUAUUGGAUCUAGAGCUCAUAUGGUCAAUACAGAUGCAGUUGUUAAGAGAUCAUUUAUAAGAAAUUUCCUCAUGUAUGGAUUACAUACAUUGGUAUUUAUAUUUGGAAUUAGAGACAUUCAAGAUACUCAAUGUGGUUUCAAAAUGUUUAAUUUUGAAUCAAUUAAAAAUAUAUUCCCUCAUAUGCAUACUGAAAGAUGGAUUUUUGAUGUGGAAGUUUUGUUGUUAGGAGAAAUUCAACAUAUGACUAUGAAAGAAUUACCAGUAAAUUGGCAAGAAAUUGAUGGAUCUAAAGUUGAUUUAGCUAAAGAUUCUAUUGGAAUGGCUAUUGAUUUGGUUGUUACUAGAAUGGCAUAUUUAUUAGGUAUUUAUAAGUUAAAUGAAUCAGGUAGAUUAAACAAAAAGAAUCAAUAAAAUCUUUACGGAUUUUAUUUCAUAUCCGGAAAAUGAUUGCAUAUGAACACAGAUACAUUUAGAGACAUUCGUGCAUAAUAUACAAAACUAAAGGCUAAUUAUUUAAACAUAUAACGGUUUCAUAACGGUUUAUAAGUUUAUAUAUGAAGAAAAAAACUAUGGCGCUCAGUCAUGUGGUAUGAUCAUAUAGGGAUAAAAUUAUGGGGUAAUAAUUUAUAAUAAUUUAUUACAUGGCCCCUAAUUCAUUUGAAAUUUUUGUAUAAAUACU